UCUCUUCCCCACACCACACACUAUAAAAUGGCAUCCAUUACUUACGGCACCGCACCAAACCCCGCGGCCUCAAUCCAGAAGGAGAGAGACCAGACAACCUUUGACCUCCAGGAGAUGAACCUCUUCUUGGAGGGAGGUGACCCACGCGUGCAAGAGGCGAUCAAAGAGGUGUACUUCCAGUUUGAACGUGACCCAAUUAUGCACACAGGACCAGGUUACUAUGACGCGGAUAAGAGCGAGCACCGUGAGAACACCGCGCGCAAGAUCGCGCGCAUCGCGCAAUACCUCGAGAUGGAUGGGCGCUACCCAGGGCUGCAGAUGGGCGCCAAACGCUUGGAAAUGUACAACAUGUUGGACCCGCAAGGUUUUACCCGUAUCGGGAUCUUCCUCGGGCUCUUCCUCGGCUGUGUGGAAAGCAACGGGACCGCGGAGCAGUACAAGUACUGGCUGCAAACGACCAUGGGUCAGUACGUGCGCGGUAUCUACGGGUGCUUUGGGAUGACGGAACUUGCACACGGGUCUAACGUUGCGGGCGUUGAGACUACCGCGACGUUUGAUAUUGCGACUGAUGAGUUUGUUGUCACGACGCCGCACGUGGGCGCGACCAAGUGGUGGAUCGGCGGCGCCGCGCACUCCGCAACGCAUUGUUCGGUCUACGCACGCCUUGUGGUCAAGGGCAAGGACUACGGCGUCAAGCAGUUUGUCGUGCCUUUGCGCGAUGCCAACUUUGACUUGAUGCCGGGUGUGACGGUCGGAGACAUUGGUGCCAAGAUGGGCAGAGAUGGGAUUGACAACGGCUGGAUCCAGUUCAAUAACGUGCGCAUUCCGCGCGUGUUCAUGUUGCAGAAGUAUGCAAAGGUUACACGUGACGGGGCUGUCACUGACUCCCCGUUGAACCAGUUGUCGUAUGCAGCGCUUGUCGGCGGCAGGGUGUCUAUGGUACGCGACUCGUUCCGCUUCGGCUCGCGCUUCAUCACCAUUGCGUUGCGCUACUCAAUCGGCAGACGCCAGUUCGGCAAGAGUGCAGACGGCGGCGAGAUCAAGUUGUUGGACUACCCGUUGCACCAGAGCCGUCUCUUGCCAUUCCUCGCGACGGUUUACGUGAUGUCUUCUACCGCGCACAAGUUGGCGGAGUACAAUGUUGCGGUCAAUACGGCGUUGGACGCUGCGGUCACAUCUCGCGACCCGAAGAAGAUGGGCGCCGCCAUGAACGAAACCAAAAACUUGUUUGUGGUCUCCGCCUCCCUCAAGGCCACCUUCACCUGGUUGACUGCGUCGUUGAUCGAUGAGUGUCGUCAGUCAUGCGGUGGUCACGGUUACUCCGCCUACACCGGUUUCGGUAAGGGUUACGAGGACUGGGUCGUGCAAUGCACCUGGGAAGGUGACAACAACGUGUUGAGCAUGUCGGCUGGGAGGUCCUUGAUGCAGUCGCUUGUGAAGGUGCACAAGGGCAAGCAGGCCAGCGGCGAGUUGCUGUUCCUCAACCGUUAUGCUGAGUUGGGCGGCGAGUCGGAAGUGUUGGUGCACAGUUCAAUUGGCGACUUGAAGUCCGUCUUGCAGGCGUACCAGGCGCUCGUGAUCCGCACUGCAGACCACGGGGUGAAGACGUUGGCCAAGGAAAACGGCAACUGGGACGCGAUCGGGGUCAUCCAGGUCUCACUCUCCAAGAUCUUUGCCCACACCUACGCCUUAAGCAGCUACCUCGCCAAGGUUCAGGAUCCGGCCAUCGGUGGCAAGGUCCAGAGCCAGUUGAUCCUCAUGGCCGAGUUGUAUGCGCUCUCCACGUUGUCCACCUUCUCAUCGCUCUUCUUGCAGCACGGUAUCAUCUCCUCCGGUACUCUCGCGCACGUGCAGGGCCGGUUGAGAAACUUGAACGACCAGGUCAGACCGCAGGCGAUUGGGUUGACCGAUGCGUUCUUGUUGCCGGACUUUAUCAUCAACUCACCCUUGGGCAGAUAUGACGGGAACAUCUACGAGUCGUAUUUCAACACCGUCAAGGCUCAGAACCCUCCAUCCCAGACCAAGGCACCGUAUUCGGAGACCGUGUUGGAGCCAAUGCUCGGGAGAAGCGAUUUGGCCGUGAGGGAGAGAAAUGAGCGGUCCGAACAGGUGUUGAGCAUUUUAUCAAAGUGAAUUGCGAAAACGAGUGCGUAGCACGAGUUUGUGCUAGUUUUUUUCCCAGCUCUAAUGCACUAUUUUUAUGGUUUAUUUAUUGCAAUAGAUUUGUACGGUAAAUCUCGAACCACGUCU